AUGGAAUUUUAUUGGUGGAUUAUCAUAGCUAUAGCAAUUAUAAUAAUCGUGAUUCUUGGUAUUAUUAUAAAAUAAAAAUGUGUUGCAAGCAAGCUUUCAGAAAGUAAUAAAGAAUCCAAUAAAGAAUAGUUAAUAAAUAAGUAAGGUGAAAUGAAAAUUAUUAGGGAUGAUUAAAAAAUUAAUUCAUUGAACAAUAAUCCUUUCAAUCAAAGCUUAUAAAAAUAAGUUUUAGAAAAUCCUCCUUACGUUUAAGUAGAACCACCCAAGAUUUAAAAUAAUAGAAAUGCAGGAAAAGAAUAAUCGAGUCAAUACUAAAAUAAUUAACCUUAAGAUGAUUAUACUAAAAUUCCAUCAAAUAAUCCUUAAAAUGUUAAUUAUAAAAAGAAUGAAAAUUAAGUAAUAGUGCAAUAAGAAAAGUAAAAUUAGCAAGAAAUAUAUAACAAAUUAAUGCUCUCCAAAAACUAGGAAAAUAAGUAAGAUCAGAAGCCAUAAUAUACCAAUAUUUAAGUGAAUAAUACAAAAAAAGAUAUCUAAGAUAACUGUUUUUAACCCCUAAAUAAAUUAAGUAAUGAGAAUGUCGAAUUAAAAAAUAAUCAAGAUGAUUAGUUAAUUUCCUAAAAAUAGAACAUUUAAAAAGAGCAUUAAUAUGAUCUAUUAAAUUAUAAUUAAUAAAGAUCAAAUUAAGACUUUGAAUAAUAAAAAAAUAAUAAAGUAAAUGGUUUGCAGAUUAAUCAAAAUAAUUAAGUUAAAGAUAUAUUAAUAGAUAUUCCAGAAUCUUUAAUUGAUCCACCUCAAGUAAUACAUAAAUCUGGUAAAAAUGAGAUUGAUGGAUAAACAAUUUAAUUAAGUAAUAUUGGCUAUUCUAAACCUGAAAGUGAAAUUGAAAAUAAUAAUGUAAAUGGUUAGCAGAUUAAUCAAAAUAAUUAAGUUAAAGAUAUAUUAAUAGAUAUUCCAGAAUCUUUAAUUGAUCCACCUCAAGUAAUACAUAAAUCUGGUAAAAAUGAGAUUGAUGGAUAAACAAUUUAAUUAAGUAAUAUUGGCUAUUCUAAACCUGAAAGUGAAAUUGAAAAUAAUAAUGUAAAUGGUUAGCAGAUUAAUCAAAAUAAUUAAGUUAAAGAUAUAUUAAUAGAUAUUCCAGAAUCUUUAAUUGAUCCACCUCAAGUAAUACAUAAAUCUGGUAAAAAUGAGAUUGAUGGAUAAACAAUUUAAUUAAGUAAUAUUGGCUAUUCUAAACCUGAAAGUGAAAUUGAAAAUAAUAAUGUAAAUGGUUAGCAGAUUAAUCAAAAUAAUUAAGUUAAAGAUAUAUUAAUAGAUAUUCCAGAAUCUUUAAUUGAUCCACCUCAAGUAAUACAUAAAUCUGGUAAAAAUGAGAUUGAUGGAUAAACAAUUUAAUUAAGUAAUAUUGGCUAUUCUAAACCUGAAAGUGAAAUUGAAAAUAAUAAUGUAAAUGGUUAGCAGAUUAAUCAAAAUAAUUAAGUUAAAGAUAUAUUAAUAGAUAUUCCAGAAUCUUUAAUUGAUCCACCUCAAGUAAUACAUAAAUCUGGUAAAAAUGAGAUUGAUGGAUAAACAAUUUAAUUAAGUAAUAUUGGCUAUUCUAAACCUGAAAGUGAAAUUGAAAAUAAUAAUGUAAAUGGUUAGCAGAUUAAUCAAAAUAAUUAAGUUAAAGAUAUAUUAAUAGAUAUUCCAGAAUCUUUAAUUGAUCCACCUCAAGUAAUACCUACAACUGAUAAUAUUAAUGAUGGAUUAUUACUUCUAAAAAAUAUAAUAGAUGAAACUUCUAAUAAAAGAUAAAUGGCAGAUGAAUUAAGAUAUUAUAUAAGACGAUUUUAGGAUAAAUCAGAUCUAAAAAAAAAUUAUGGCCUUACAUUUUAAGCAAGUUCAAAGUUAUACGAAUAUUGUAAUGCAUUUAGAGAAGUUAGAGGAGAUGGAAAUUGUUUUUAUACUGCUUUUGGAUAUUAAUUUUUAUGUAUUUUAUUAUUUGAAUAUACAUUUGAUUAAUUUUAAGAAUUCAUAGAUAAAAUUAGAAAAAGUGAUUAACCUAUGAAAAUAUUUGUUACUGACAAAGAUUUGAAGAUUGAUGAUAAAUAAUUAGAAAAAAAACUAUUAGAAGAAUUUUUAAGUAGAUUAACUAAAUUAAAAUAAAUUGAUGAUAUAACUUAAAGAUAAGAAUAAUUUAAUACUUAAUUUGCUGCUUAUGAAAAAUAAUCAGAAGAAAUUGAUGGUUAUUUAUAUGGACUAUCAACCAUAUUUUUUAGAAAUUAUUCUAAUUACAUUGUUGAUUUGAGUAUUAAUAAAGAUGCAGUUUAUGAUAGAGAAAAUUUGUUGAAAUGGGAAGAAGAAUGCAAUAGCAAUGAAGUUGUUAUUGCUGAAUUAGCUAAGCAAUUAAAUGUGUAAUUAUUUAUUAUUUAUUAUAAGAUUCGUUUAGUUAAUAUUUUUUAAAGAUAAAGACAAUUUUGUAGUUAGAGAAUAUGAAAAAGACAAGCAACAUAAAAUUAUAUUAUUAAUAAAGCCUGGACAUUAUAAUAUUGGCUAUUUUAAACCAGAAAACAAAAAGUGA